AUGGAUGACUACACGACCAUUUUGGGAAGCGGGGGUUGGCCCAACGAAGUAAGCCGAUUCGACGUGCUCGGCUGGUUCAGGAGCCUAUUAAGCCCGCCAAGUCGCCGCGACGUCAAUGGGCUUCUGAGGGAUGCGGGGCUUUGGACAGAGGCUAUGCAGGCACGGGUCCACGACCUCAUGGGUAGUGCGAUGGGUAUUGCAUCGGUGACCAAGGUGCCCCUCGUUUACCGUGAAAGGGUAAUGGAGUAUGUGGCGAUGGAACAUCUCGAAGCGUUGGGUCAAAAUGUGCGUCGCAAGAUUGAGAGCAAACGCGAAAUGCUGUACCAGGCAGACCUUGCGGAAUGGCGGAGUAAACUACUUGAAGAGCACGCCAGCGCAGAUGAUGCCGAAGAGUUUGCGAUGGAGGUGAAUGCGGUGCUCUCUAUGAUGGCGGGUUACGUCGCACAAAAGUGUUCGGGCGUGUGUGUUUGGUUCACGGCAGGCCCGAGAGACGUUCAUCACGCUGAAGCUGUGUUCGAUAUACCUGGGCGGACGACCAUGCCCUACAGCGAGGUGAGGCCGAUGCCGUUCUGGAGCACCGCUGCGCAGAUCCAGACCCAAUCUAUAACUCUCAACGAGUACAAGUGGGGCCAUGCGAAGGAUGGCGAACCGGCCGAGGAGCAAGCGUCGGACGAUGGCUGCGACGUCCCCAUGAUUGUGGACGAGCUGGACGGGACAGAUACUGACGACGAUGACGACUACGAGGAAUAUGAAAUCGACUCCGUUGACGAGGUUAGCGAAGUGGCCCAAGCGCAAUCGACCGACGCGCUGCCGAAGACGCAUACGAGGAUCGGCGGGCGUACUGCCUCAUCUGACACCGAGAUGAUCGACGCUAUAGUAGAGAAGCCGACUGCGUCUCAAGCUGCGAUUGCCUUGCGCCCUAUAAUCAUACGGCACCACGAGAGGGUUUGCGAGGAGUUGGGUGCCAUCCUGGAAAAGCGCAAGUUCUGGUUUGCAAGGGCGCGUAUGACGAACUACCUUGUCAAUGCUCCCAAGAGGCUGCACGGCGGAGUGAAUGUAGAUCUCGGCUGCCGAGUGGUGCAGAGGUACCUUGAAUUCGAGCUCAGUAACGCCAAGGAAGGCGUCCUCACAUUGAAGGAGGUCGGGGAGGUCGGUGGUACUGGGCCCAAACCGGCAUACAUCGCAGAACUCGUUGGCAAACAGUCGAGGAUGACGUGGAACAAACGAGCUUCUCCCCAGGAGAUCCGGGCCAAGACUCAGCUGGAUCAUGAUGUGGACGAGUGCUUGCCGCUCCAGUGGGCUGCACAGCAGCCGGGUGAACGUCGCGGAGACAGAGGGAUACUAAUGCUCAGUGCCAAAGACACGAUGGGAUGGGAUGGAUAUCUGCCCGCCGGACCUGACGGUGUGCGACUCCUUGUCGUCGCCUUGCUCGCGUGGGGCUGGGAUAUUGGCGAGAAUAAGCGCGAGGGCGAGGUGGAGGUCUGGGACCGUCUAGCACUGGAUUUCGUCGAUGUCCUAGAAGUGUUGGCGAUUAGGGCGGGAAAGGCCGUGGACACGAGAACGCCAACGGAGGGAAAGCGAGUAUCCAGACCGACUGAGAAAGUUGUAUGGGCGAACGAGAUGAAGAACAAGGGUGGAGGUCGUCGUUGA